AUGGCCCGCAGUGUCCUCGUCAUAGGUUACACGCCCCUAAACUCGCCACUAUGGGCUACUAUGCUUAUCCCAAGAUCUAUCCAGCCGUUAACGCUUCACCUAGGCGCCAACCGAGGCAUCGGCUUAAACCUACUUAAGGCGUUUGCCCAGCGCGGCUGGACAGUGUUCGGCACCGUACGAGCGGAGAGUCGAUCAGACGCCUCGUUCCACGAUGCAAGCACCCUGCCACUGAAUUACUCAAUCAAUAAUCUCGAGGCGACGGGCGCAACGAUCUUCGACCUCGAUUAUCUGGACGAGAGCAGUAUUGCUGCUGCGGCGAAGAGCUAUGGGGAGGAAAAGCCGCUUGACGUCUUGAUUAACUGUGCAGGCCUCCCGGUGCGUCCAGCUUCAUGGGAAGAGACGACGGCCGAGCAUAUGAUUACCAAGUUCCGAGUGAUGAGCGUCGGCCCGUUCCUAGCGACCAAGUACUUCCUCCCUAGCCUGACCAAAAGCCUCGCUGGGAAGGUCAUCAACAUUACCUCCUUCUGGGCGUCUCUUCAGGAAAAUGACUUUGGGGAGUAUAUCAGCUACCGCACGGCCAAGGCAGCGCUGAACAUGGAGACUGUGACUAUCGCACACGAGCUGAAGGCGAGAAACCUCAACGUCACCGUGUUGGCGCUGGAUCCGGGGGAUGUUCCGACGAAGCUUAGUGGGUGGGAGGGGACUACUGAUAUGGAGGCGUCCAUUAGAGGGAUGGUGAAGAUCAUUGAAGAGGCGGAAGUUGAUCUUUCGGGCAGUUAUUUUAGGUGGAAUGGGGAGAAGAUUCCGUUUUGA